UAUAAACUUAGCAUAGCUAGUUAGAUCCUACUACCAGGAUUUUGGCCCCUGAGAGCACGAUGGAUUGGCCGGCUCUCACCUGCUGCACCGCGGUCAUGAUCCUUCUCUUCCUGCCGUUGAGUGCAUCCGACGACCGGCUUGUCCUCGGCAAGCCGCUCUUGUUGGACGCCAUCAUCAUCUCCGAUGGUGGUGCCUUUGCUUUGGGGUUCUUCGCCCCUUCCAACUCUACUCCAGCCAAGUUGUACCUUGGUAUAUGGUACAACGACAUUCCCGAGCUCACUGUGGUGUGGGUCGCCAACCGAGAAACCCAGCUCAUUAACAACACUUCCUCUUCACCGAUGCUCUCGCUCACCAACACCUCCAAUCUCAUUCUCUCUGAUGGUGUUGGUGGCGGCCGUGUCGUCUGGACUACCCAGGUUGCCACUACCCCGGCCUCGUCUACCUCGACGGCAGUGCUCUUGAAUAACGGCAACUUCGUUAUUCGCUCGCCAAACGGCACCAUGUUGUGGCAGAGCUUCGAACACCUGACAGACACGCUCCUUCCAGGGAUGAAGAUCCGGUUUAGAUAUGGGAUACAUGGCGAAGAAGAGCGCCUGGUGUCUUGGAAGGGCUCCGACGACCCCUCACCAGGACAUUUCUCCUACGGUGGUGACACAAACACUUUGCUCCAGUUCUUCCUUUGGGACGGGGCGCGACCGGUGGCCCGCAGCGCCCCGUGGACGGGCUACCUUGUGAAGACCGAGCGGCGGUACCAGCAGGUGAACACCAGCACGGAAGUCAUCGUCUACCUUGCUGCCGUCGACAGCGACAAGGAAAUCUACAUGACCUACAGCCUCUCCGACGGUGCCCCACGCACCAGGUUUGUGCUAACUCACUCCGGCCAUUAUCAACACCACAGUUGGAGCAAUAGGUCGUUGACGUGGGAGGUCCUUGGGCAGUGGCCGUCCACCGAAUGUAGCAGCUACGACUACUGUGGCCCAUAUGGCUAUUGCGACGAGACAACAGCACCAGUCCCAACGUGCAAGUGCCUAGAUGGUUUUGAGCCGGCAAAAAUGGAGGAGUGGACCAGCGGCAGGUUCUUGUCAGGGUGCCGGCGGAAACAGCCAUUGGGUGGGUGCGGUGACGGCUUCUUGGCCUUGCCAGGGAUGAAGUCACCAGAUGGGUUUGCGCGCAUCUGCGGUAGUAGGAGUACGUCCGAGGAGUGCGCAGCUGAGUGCAACCGCAACUGCUCCUGUGUGGGGUACGCAUACGUCAAAAUGAGCAGCAGCAGGUCACGGGGAGACGUGGCAAGGUGCUUGAUGUGGGCAGGGGGGUUGAUUGACACUGGAAAGUUAGGCACGGAGCUCGGUGGAGAGACGCCCUAUCUCCGGCUUGCAGGCAUGGACGUAACUGCUGGUAAAAGGAUAAAGGGCAAUGCAGUGAGAAUUGUACUGCCAGUUUUAGGCAGCAGUGUUCUCGUACUCAUCUUCCUGGCAUGGUUAAAAUUAAAAGGAAAGAAAAUAAUAAGGAGAAAGCACAAGAAUAUAAGAUUGAAUGGUAUGAGUACCUCUGACGAACUUGGGGAAGAAUAUCAUGAUCAAGAAAUUCCUUUUGUAAGAUUAGAAGAAAUUGCCCUUGCAACUCAUGAUUUCUCUGAAACAUGUAUUAUUGGAAAGGGAGGCUUCGGGAAAGUUUAUAAGGGAAUUUUAGGUGGUCAAGAAGUUGCAGUCAAGAGGCUAAGCAAAGAUUCUCAUCAAGGAACACACGAAUUCAAGAACGAAGUAAUUUUAAUUGCCAAAUUGCAACAUAGAAACUUGGUUCGCCUUCUUGGAUGUUGUGGCGAGGGAGAUGAAAAGAUCCUAAUAUAUGAAUAUCUUCCUAAUGGAAGCUUAGAUGCCAACCUCUUCGAUGAGUCCAAAAAAUUGUUGUUGAACUGGCGAACACGGUUUAGUAUAAUCAAAGGGGUUGCAAGGGGUCUUCUCUAUCUUCAUGAAGAUUCCAGGUUAACCAUAAUUCACAGGGAUCUCAAGGCUGGAAAUGUUUUGCUAGAUGCAGAUCUGAAACCUAAGAUAGCAGAUUUUGGUAUGGCGAGGCUCUUUGGUGAUAACCAACAAAAUGCAAACACCCAACGUGUUGUCGGAACAUAUGGGUACAUGGCCCCUGAGUAUGGACUGGAAGGCAUUAUCUCUAUGAAGUCUGAUGUCUAUAGCUUCGGCGUGUUACUACUAGAAGUUGUAACCGGUAUAAGGAGAAACUCUAAUGGUCACACGAUGAGUUUCCCUAGUCUAACAGUUUAUGCAUGGAAUAUGUGGAAGGAAGGGAAGACGGAGGAAUUCGCAGACUCGACUCUGCUGGAUAACUAUUCACCAGAUGAAGUUUUGCUCUGCAUCCAUGUGGGACUCAUGUGUGUCCAAGAAAACCCAGAUGACAGGCCACUCAUGUCAAAUGUUGUGUUUGCCUUGGAGAAUGGAAGCACAACACUUCCAACCCCCAACAUCCCUGCCUACUUUGCACGACGAAGCGCGGAAAUAGAGCAAAUCAGGGUCGAUAUUCAAAACUCUGUGAAUAGUUUUACUCUUUCAGAGAUACAAGGGCGGUGAAGUAAUUUUGAUUUAAUAUUAUAUGUACUGGAAAACUAUUAUAUUGCCAGGUGAAGAAACAAAA